AUGGAUCCAUGUCUUUCCUUUACGGCACUGGGCAAAGAGUUCUUCGGCAUGGUCACUGUAAAAUACCCAUUGGAUAGCGUUCCGCCACUCGCCGUCAAUCUGAACAUCUGGGGACUGAAUUUGAGUGUAGCUCUCCGUCGUUGCAGAUCUGACAUUGUUGAGAGGCUAAUGCGAUCUAUCGAUUUCGAGGAAGAGGAUGAUCGGGACUUUGCGGACUGGAUAACGCCGUCACUGAUAUUGUGCGCUUGGUAUUCCUUGCUGGUCCUAGAAGCCCCUCGUCCUGGAGGAACAACGCAACUUCUGCAGAAAUAA